GUUCUCACUUUAUUGAUCAAUGCAGCUUACAAACCUAGCCGUGUCCUGCGAGAACUGCAGUUGGAUGAAGAGGCUGCAUGGCAUGGGCAUGGAGAGACCCUAAAAGCCAAGUACAAAGGGAAGAGCUAUCGAGCAACUGUGGAAGUUGUGAGGACGGCAGAUCGCGUGGCAGAUUUCUGUAGAAAAACAUGCAUCAAGCUGGAAUGUUGUCCAAACCUCUUCGGCCCUCAGAUGGUGCUGGAUAAGUGUUCAGAGAACUGCUCUGUCCUGACAAAGACGAAGUACACACACUAUUACGGAAAGCGGAAAAACAAGCGGAUAGGUAGGCCCCCGGGUGGCCACAGUAACCUGGAAGUAGCCAUCAAGAAACCAAAUAAAAGACGGAAGAGACGAAAACAUUUUUUUGUUCAUAAGAAAAAACGUUCCUCUGCUUCAGUGGAUAACACUCCAGCUGGAUCUCCCCAGGGCAGUGGAGCAGAAGAGGAGGAUGACCAGGACGAGGUAGAUGAAGAAUCCCUGACUGAGGAUAGUACCUCAGAGCACCAAGACGAAUUGCUUGAGGAAUCAGAGGUAUCAGAGAAGAAAUCACUUUCAUCCUCUCCUACACAGAGUGAACGGUCUCAUUCGCUGGCUCAGGACCGAGACAAGCGGAAGAGGAAACUCAGGACCUUUUCCUUUUCUGAUGAUGAAAAUAAACCUCCUUCACCAAAGGACAUAAAGAUGGAAGUUGCUGAAAAGCUGCAGCUGGACAGUAACCCUCUGGAGUGGAGCGUGGCUGAUGUUGUACGAUUCCUCAAAUCCACUGACUGUGCACCACUGGCAAGAAUUUUCCUUGAUCAGGAAAUCGAUGGCCAGGCACUACUGCUGCUGACCCUGCCCACUGUUCAGGAGUGUAUGGACUUGAAGCUUGGACCAGCCAUUAAACUUUGCCAUCACAUUGAGAGGGUCAAACUUGCCUUUUACCAGCAGUUUGCUAACUGAGGAGCAGCCAAGUUGAAGUGGACCUUUGAAGCACAACUACAAAAACAUGCUCCUUUCUCUCUAGCAAAGAAAGCCAAAUGAAGUUAAACUGAGGCCCUGGUGACCUGAGAGCAUCUGUCAGCCUCAGUUUUUCACUUUGACGAAUGGAAGACAACAUCUGGAGCAAAAUGCCAAUGCAAACACAGGGGCUACUCUACCAGCUGCCAGCGUGGGAACACAAUAGUCUCUUGCUCUAUGGUUCCCUUUUUUU